AUGAAGAAAAGUCCUACUAACAGAAAAUCUAAACUAAGACUUGAACUGUCACAAGUUAAAACGAAAUCAGGAAAUGGAUUAACAGAAGAGCUUGAAAGUAUAUUUGAGAAGAAUGUCUUGCCAAAGAGCAGUAAUACGCAAGUAAAUAAGAAUAAGAAAAGUAGAAAAUAUCGUAAGAAAGAACCAUUUAAAGCAACUUCUACCCCUUCUAAUUCGUUUAUCAUUGAACCUUUACAAUCAGAAAAAGUAGAUGAGGUCCAAAGAAAGAUUGUUUUAAGUGAAGAAAUUAAUCAGAUCCAUUUUACAAUACAUAAAAAGGGGAGCCCAAUAGUGAAUGAUAAAGAAAAUAGUGCUGAAUUAAAUCAAUAUGAUUCACCAGAACAAGAAUUGCAACUUGCUAGUAGCAAGCAUGCCCAAAUUAACGGGAAAGAUGAAAAGAAAGAGGCUAAACUAAAGAAACCCACUAAGGUGAAAUCUAAGAAAGUUGAGCAGACUGAAAGGGCCAAAGGGCCCAAAAUUUCAGUUCAGAAAAAGAAUAAACAACUACUAAGAGACGAAUCUGGCUUAAAUGAGGAAAAGUCUACACAUCCUUCAGAUUCUAGCGUCAUAUUAAUUCCAACAAUAGAAAAUAAAAGUACUGAAUUAGAUUUAAAAUCUAAAGUUAAGAAGAAGAAUAGAAAAGUAAGGAUUCAAAGAAAAGCGGUAGCUCAUAAGUUACAAGGAAUUAAGAAGAGGAGCAUGUCUCGAAAACAGUUAAUCGCCAAAGAAGCCAAAGGAGCUGAUCCUAUAAACCUUCUAGGUCCAUUAAAAUACAAAGUAAUCCUUCGAAAGAUUCUAUAA